AGUAGUAUUAUGCCCAUUUGCACCAACGUUUAAGUCAGGUACUUAAAAUUUAAGCUUUUCUUAAAACUAAGAAUGCGUUGCACCAACGGUUAACUCUCUCUUAAAGCCUUCUAAGAAAUCCUUAAUUUAAGUGCCCGUUUACCUGUGGCUUAAAUUUGUAAGCAGUGCUUAACGAGACACAACGAUACAACGCAUGUGCGGUAGCCAUAGUAACGGAACAAUACUUCGUUUCUAUUGGAUGAUGGUUUUGGAAAUCGAAAAUUUGCAAUUUUGCAAUCAUUUCAGCCAUUUGCCAUUUCAACCUUUCAACAGUAGCAGCGUUCGUGAGUGUUUUGUAAUCAGCGGUGAAAAGUGUGGAAUAAAGUUCUAACAAGACAAAAAAUAAUAUAAAGAAGAUGAAUAAUACAAAGCGCCAGCGUGGAGCAAAUUUUACGGCAGAUGAAAAGACCUUUGUCUUAACAUUAAUCAGUGAACAGCGUCAUAUUAUAGAAAAUAAAAAAACGGACGCUGUUACAAAUAAGGAGAAGCAGCGGUGCUGGGAAGAACUAACGAAUAAAUUUAAUUCAUGUAGUCCUAGCGGUGCCAUGAGGAGUGUAACCUCAUUACAAAAAUUUUACACAAAUAAAAAAAAAGAAGUGCGAAAAGAAGUGGCCGAUAAAAAAGUGUUUAUGCGAAAAACAGGAGGUGGUCCUUCAUCUUCAAAAUGUGAGGAUCCAUACCUGCAGCUAACGUUAGCCACCAUGGAUGAGAAUUCAGUGUAUGGACUGGAAACUCAAUACGGCGGGGAUAGUGAAUUAUUUCAAACUAUAGGUGAAGAAGAUAACGAAGACCAUGAAAACGAUAAUGUGGUGCCCAUUGCCACCUCUUCUCCACACAUACCUGAAGCAAUGGAUGAGGUUCACAAAACAAAAAAACGAGUGUUUUCUGAUACAUAUGACCAAGGGGAAGAAAAUGCAAAUUUUAAAGCUGACUGGGGUGAUUAUAAAGUUGAACACCUGAAAAAAAAGAAAUCAAAGGAGUUACAAACAGUCAUUAAUAGGAGGAGGCCAACAAUAACAGCACUACAUUCCAGCCAUUUGUCGAAAACUUACGACGAACUAGCUACAAAGAAAAUGGAGUUAGUUGAGGCACAACUCGAAGGACAAAAACAUGACGAAGAAAGAAAGCAAGUUGAAUUUUUGCUUCGAAAGCAAAUUUUAGAACUAGAUAUUGAAAUAAAAAAGGAGCAGCUAAGAAAACUGAAACAGGAUAAUACGGAAAAACAAUAA